CGGACAGUGUUGUAGUGGUCGAGUCAGGAGCCGGCCGAGUGAAUAGCGCACAAACAUGAAAUACUUUGUGCCAGUACUGCUCUCUCUCAGCGCAUGGGCGAGCGCUCUGGAGCCUCUGCCGCAGAUGAUAGAGGAACGCCGAGGCACUCACCCUGUCUACGCAAAAUCCUUCAUGGAUGAGUAUGAGCCGUACGCGAUGGCCGCCAUCCCUCUGAACACAGCGAUGCCCUUUUUCCAGCUCAUAACACCGGGAUACCGCACCAAAAAUAAGAAACCAGUCAAACCGCGCCCUCAACGGAACCAAUACAAAGAGGCCUACGCGUAUGAUUCAUCAAACAAUGAAGAAGUAUAUGAACCAUACAGCUACGACACUGAAGAAGUAGAAGUUAUAAGUCCACAGAAGUACCCUAAGAGCAGUCCGUAUGACGAAGAGUCCUCGUCUGUGGUGGUUUACGCGCGACCUAACAAGUACGGCGGGUAUUCCUACCGCAAGCAUCCCUCACAGUCCUCGCACUCCUCAUACUACUCACCGACACCCUCACCCAUACAGACGUUUUCCUCGCCUCAGGCCCACGAUCAGAAGCCCGUCAUAAUACGCAUACAUAAAUAUCGCGUCAUACAUUGA